UACUUUGAAAUUGUAUUGUGUGUAUUACGAAAGUGGUUAGAAAAACAAUAAUCAAAUGAUUUGAAUGACAUAGAUCUUCAUUUUUUUUAUAAAGUUUGCACGUUUAAAAGACAAUAAAGAAUUUAUUAUUGUUAUAUUGUUGUUAUAAACAAAGCUAUAUAAGAAAGUGAACUAUGGCUCAUGUUACUGACGAAAUUAUGCGAAUCUUGCAUGAAUGUCACCCCAAAGAUGAUUUUAAGGAUAAGACAAAAAGUGAGACAAAAAAAUCAAGAAGGAAAAUCGAGAAUGAAAAAUUGGAGGGAAUCAGAAGUAGUGUAGAGAGAUUAUUCACAGAUGCACGAUGUAACUAUGUAGGAAGUGUUGAAUAUGCCAGUUUGAAUAAAAUGUUGGCCAUUUGUAAUCUAGAGAUUGGCAAUGAGAUCACAGCCAUUCAUCAUUUGGUCGAAGCUCAUGCAGUAAUACUUCGACAACACAUCUUGCAUAGAUAUCAAAAGACUCAAAUGCGCGAAUCUGUGAGGAAUGAAUCUCAAAUAUAUGGACUAAGACCAACACAUGUAAAGUUUGAGACAAAAUUUACAGAUAAUAGUAAAUCAUUAAAAGCAAAACUGUUAGACUUACCGAAAGAAUGGUACAUAAUUCAAGUUACUGUCCCGUAUGAAUCUCCAACUAUAUCAAGAUACGAAAAGCGUACAUCUAACGAAAUGCAUGCUAUACAUAUUACAAUACUUCCUACGAGUACAUCUGACAUAGAUCCAUUAUGUAUAACUGUGCCAAGACCUACGACGCAAGUCGUUUCUUACGAUGUCUGCAAAGAGAUUCGGCAACUACUGGAUGGCUAUAUAUCUGCCCUGAAAACUACUUACACGAAUAAUAAGCAGUACUGGACAAUGCGUGUAAAUCAAAACAACAAAAUGAAGUCGGCUAUAAGCGCAUUAGAGAGUGUAUGGUUGAGAGAAUGGAGAGUGUUAUUUAUGGCCGAUCUUAUUGAAGACUUGGAAAUGGUAGAUGAGAUUCAUCAAAUGAUCGACAAAUUAAUAUCGGAUUUCAAAUCUCCCAAUGAGAUAUCAAAAAGAUGUAGGUGGCUUUUGAGAAAAGUAGCCACAGGUGCAUGCUUUCUUACGCGUGAGGAAAUAGCGCGUGCAAUUAAAUUUCUACUUCCCAAGCAUGAAAAACUUGCAAACAAUAUUAUUUUAUCUAUUUAUGGAAAAUUGCCAUAUAUAAAGAAUCUAGAGAAUACAAAGCGAAAAACAUUGGUUUUAAUUAUUGAUGAGCACAUAGAUUAUAUAGCGUUUGAAGCCAUGGAAAUUGUUAAAAAUCAUCCUAUUACCCGGUUUCCAUCUUUGCAUGUAGCAUAUGCAUUAUUCAAAGAACACGAAGAUACUAUUUUGGACGGUUGUAAACUAAUUAAAGCAAAGGAAGAUAUGGGAAUUUGCGUAGUCAAUCCUUCCGGUGAUCUCGAUAAAAUGGAAAAACGUAUGAAGCUUUUUAUGGACUUUUGGUUACCAAAGUGGAAAAGUUGUUAUAACACGCGACCUAGCGAAGAAAUGUUCGAAGAUGCGUUAAUAAAUCAUGAUGUUUUAAUGUAUACUGGCCAUUCUAAUGGCAUAGAAUAUUUAUCUGGAGAAGAUAUCGAAAGAAUGAGAGUGAAAUCUACUGUUUUAUUGUUUGGAUGUAGCAGCGUAAAAUUAUUUAUGAUAGGUGGAAGAUAUCCACCUUAUGGCGUUUCAAAUCAAUAUUUAAUAGCAUGCAGUCCUUGCCUGUUGGGUAUGCUUUGGGAAGUAACAGAUGCGGAUAUUGAUAAAAUGACUACAAAUUUCAUGAGUAAUUGGAUUCCUUCGUCCUCAGAGAAAUCAUGGACUGAGGUAGACAAGGAUAAAUGGAUUUCUGGUACCCUAAAAUUUACAAAGAACGGAGCAAAGGAUAAACCAGAGAUGGAACCAGAAAUGUUAAGAGCAGUAGCAAAAGCUAAGAACAGUUGCUUGCAUUAUAUGACGGCAGCUGCGAUAAUAAUACGAGGUUUACCAGUAAAAAUAGUUUAAUUCCUUAUUGAGAU